AUGGAAAUUCCUGCCAUCAAUUUAAAGGCCAUCGUUGUGGUGCACUGGCUGCUUACAGUUUGGGGAUGCAUGGCGUGGCUUCCCACCUCCUACGCCUGGGGCAACUUCAGCGUUCUAGCCGUGGGGGUUUGGGCCAUCGCUCAUCGGGACUCUAUCGACGCUGUACUUAUGUUUCUCAUCGGGAUGGCGGUGACCAUUAUAACCGACAUCAUCCACUUUGGCAUCUACUACUCGCUGAGUGAGCUGGCGUCGGAAAAGGGGCGGGACGUGUUCCGCUUCAGCGCCGGCAUGGCUAUCCUUAGCUUGCUGCUAAAGCCCGCCUCCUGUUUCUUCGUCUAUCAGAUGUACCGAGAGAGAGGUGGCGACUACAACGUCAACUUCGGUUUUCCCUCCAUGACCCGGAAUCGAGAAGCGUACCAGUCCAUUGACCCUCAACAGGACGCGUCCACCAGCGCCGCCAACCCGUUCAACCAAGCACAGGACGCCAAAGCGGUGCGAGCGUACUGA